UUACUAGGGAAGCAAAAUAGAUUGCGGUUAAAAAAAAAAGAAGCCCAGUAUACAAGUCAGGCAGCGGGAUAUUUUUCUGACGAUAUUAACCACCGACAGUCGGCGUAGGCGAAUAGCUGGCAAGCCGGAGGGGCAGCGGCUAUAAAGCGGCCGACUGCACACGGAAGGAGCCGCGACUGCGCUGGGCGAUCCGGUGUUCAGACGCAGCCAGUCGCCACGUACCCUCCCGCGAAGCCGGAUAAGCACAGAAAGGCUCCCCCCUGCGCGAUGAGGAGUACAGGCGAAGCGCUUAAUAAACCGGCGCUAUGCCUUUCGCGAUCGCUCGCGCUUAACAUGCGGUGUUUAUGCAACCGCCAGCAUUUCGGGCGCUUUUUAAGGAGCCGAUCGCCGAUCGCUACAUUUUAAUAGCUGCAGCGAUACGGUGAAGCUUAACUUAGCAGUAGCGUUUAUUGUUUUAUGCUUGUCGCUUCGUAUACACUGGUUUUAAGGAUUGACAUUGGUCCGAGAUGUCGGUAGACGGGUCCACGAUAAAGAGUAGGAUUAAAAACCUACUCCGCUCUCCUUCUAUCAAGCUGAGGAGGAAUAAACCAGGGAACAACAAAGAGAACCUAGCGAAUAAGGUUACUCUGGAGAAGGUGAUCGGCAUUACAGCCUCGGGUAACCGCGCAUUGGCCUGCGAUCCCUGUUCUGGUCUUGUGGCAUACCCAGCAGGGUGUGUGGUGGUCCUGCUGAACCCUAAAAAGAACAAGCAGCAUCACAUCCUCAACAGCUCCAGGAAAACAAUCACAACUGUAGCGUUUUCUCCCGAUGGCAAGUACCUGGUCACUGGAGAGAGUGGGCAUAUGCCCGCCGUGCGGGUCUGGGACGUGCUGGAGCGCAGCCAGGUCGCCGAGCUCCAGGAGCACAAGUACGGGGUGUCCUGCGUGGCCUUCUCCCCCAACAGCAAGUACAUCGUCAGCGUGGGCUACCAACACGACAUGAUCAUCAACGUCUGGGCCUGGAAGAAAAAUGCAGUGGUUGCUGCGAACAAGGUGUCCAGCAGGGUGACGGCGGUGUCCUUUUCUGAAGACAGCUCUUACUUUGUCACUGCUGGGAACAGGCACGUGAAGUUCUGGUACCUGGACCACACAAAGUCCUCGAAGGUAAACGCCACUGUGCCCCUCCUGGGCCGCUCCGGCCUCCUUGGUGAGCUGCGCAACAAUUUUUUCAGCGACGUGGCGUGUGGGAAGGGCCGCAAGGCCGACAGCACCUUCUGCAUCACCACCUCAGGGCUGCUCUGCGAGUUCAAUGGCAAGAGGCUGUUGGACAAGUGGGUGGAGCUGCGGAAAAACGACAGUAUCACAACCAGCCUGGCCACCUCCCUGUCUGUGACCGAGGAGCUGAUCUUCUGCGGCUGCGCAGAUGGGACGGUGCGCUCCUUCAACCCCACCAACCUGCACUUCAUCUGCAGUCUGCCGCGGCCCCACAGUCUGGGCAUGGACGUCACCACGGUAACGGAAGCCAGCCACCUCUUCUCCUUCAAACCGGACGUCCGCUAUCCUGACACGGUGGCCGUGACCUAUGACCCCACGAGCCGCUGGUUGUCGUGCGUGUACAACGACCACAGCCUGUACGUCUGGGAUGUGAGGGACCUGCGCAAAGUAGGGAAGGUGUACUCCGCACUCUACCACUCGGCCUGCGUGUGGAGCGCAGAGGUCUACCCGGAGGUUUCUCAGGGCGAGCAGGCAUUCCUACCCCCAGGGUCGUUCCUCAGCUGUUCCUCGGACAACACCAUCCGCUUAUGGAACACAGACGGUCAGAGCACUGCUCUCAGCCGCAACGUCCUCAGCAACGACCUCAUGAAGGUCAUCUACAUGGAAAACAACACCGCCUCCCUGCUGGACAUGGAGUGUAUAGCCACCAGCAACACAGAGAAACCCGACAGCCAGACCUCUGAGAACCGGACUGGCAUUAGGACCAUGAGCGUCAGCCCAGACGGCCAGCACCUGGCUUCAGGCGACCGCAUAGGCACCCUAAGAAUUCAUGAGCUCCAGAGCAUGGAGGAGAUUCUGAAGGUGGAGGCCCAUGACUCCGAGAUCCUCUGCCUAGAGUACUCCAAGCCAGAGACUGGCCUGAAGCUGCUGGCCAGCGCCAGCCGGGACCGGCUGAUCCAUGUGCUGGACGUGGAGAGCAACUACGGACUGCUGCAGACUCUGGACGAGCACUCAUCCUCCAUCACAGCCGUGCGCUUCGCUGCUAAUGAUGGCAAGGUGAGGAUGAUCAGCUGUGGCGCAGACAAGAGCAUCUACUUCCGGACAGCACAGAAGACAAAGGGAGGGACAGAGUUCACUCGCACCCACCACAUUGUGCGCAAGACCACCCUGUACGACAUGGACGUGGACUCCACCCGGAAGUACGCAGCCAUUGGCUGCCAGGACCGCAGCAUCAGGAUCUUCAACAUCAGCAAUGGCAAACAGAAGAAGCUGUACAAGGGCUCCCAGGGUGAGGACGGCACACUCAUUAAGGUCCAGAUUGACCCAUCAGGAAUGUAUGUGGCCAGCAGCUGCUCGGAUAAGAACAUCUGCAUCUUCGACUUCUACUCCGGAGAAUGUGUCGCCACCAUGUUUGGACAUUCUGAGAUUGUCACUGGAAUGAAGUUUACCAAUGACUGCAAGCACCUAAUUUCAGUUUCAGGGGACAGCUGCAUCUUUGUGUGGCGUCUAAACCCAGAACUGACCAUCAACAUGCGGCAGCGACUCUCCGAUCUCAAACAGAAGGGCAAACUGGUGCAGAAGACCCCCACACACAAGCCAGCCACACUCCGGCGGGAGAUUCGGAGUGUGCCUGUCCUGGCCACCAUGUCCUCGGAUAGUGACAAAGAAGUGGACGGGGACUGCAUCGAGGAGGAGGAGGAGGCAGGCAAGGCGGAGGACCAGAUCUCCCUGCACAUUUCCUCUGGCAGCAGCACCGGGGAUGACACUGGCAAUUCUGAGGACAAGCACAGUCAACAGAAAACUUGGGAACAGAAGGAGAGCUCCUCCACAGCGCAGCGGGCAGAGGGCCAGUCACAGCAGGAGCCAGCGGCAUCCAACCCUCGGCCCCGCCGGCGCUGGUCCAGGCGCAUGGGCAGCACAGGGCUGGUGGUUAAGUCCAUGCUAGACCUCCGGCAGCUGGAGUCUUUCGCCAUGGCACCUUCUCCAUGCAAGACUGGACCAGUCAACACCUUCAGGGACAAUGAGCUGGGCAGCACCACCAGCCUACAGACCAUAGGGGUCCCGGUGGGGGAGUCUGAUGCAGGUCGCUGGGCAUGCUCUCGCCCCCAGAGCAUCCGGUUGAACCCCCAAAGCCCAGAGACGGAGGAGUCCGUGCUGUACCCUGAGGGAACUGAGGACAGGGCGAGUCUUGCGGACAGUGAAUACCAGGUGAAGGAGGUUCCUCGUGGACCUCUGGGACGAUGCAGCAGGGGACGCGGUUGCCAUGACAAACACAGCCCGGACAGUGCCUGCUCUGUGGACUAUUCCAGCAGCCGGCUGUCGAGCCCAGACCAACCUGGAGAUGAUUCCGAAGUUACAGAGCCACUCAGUGUGGAUGGGAACUCUUCUGAAGGGGAGGAGCUGGAAGAGGAGGAGGAGGAGUUUGUAAAGGCUGAGGUCAUAGGGGUGGUGCCCCACACACCAGACCAGGAAGCCUUCCUAAAGCAGCACUUUGAGACACUGGCUGACCUCAGUGGCACAGCAAACCCAGUGAGAACCCAGAGCACCACUGAGAUCAUCAGUAUCUCUGCCCGGUAUCUGUCCAAGAACCCAACAAGCAGGAAUGCCUUCACAUUUCCCUCGAAGACUGGUGGAGAAGGAAAGGGCUCCAGCACGACAGCGUGGCCGCUGGUCUCAGUGGCACGGGGCCUCACUGAAGACAACCAACGGAAGGGCUUUGACAGCAAGGGGCCGGAAAUGGUCUCCCGCUCCACCCCUCAGAGGAGGAGGACACAGGUCGUUGACCCCCGCCGGGUGGCCAGUCCCACUGCCAAAUCUGCAGCCUCCCACCUGUCCACAGGCAGCCUGAAAAAGUCCCACUCGGCGCAGAACCUACCCACUGAGGCUGACGACCUGCAGCCGUCCUCCCAACGUGCCAAAGAGCUGUUUCCUGACCCUCAUCUGCUGCAGAAUGAUGAGAGAGACCUCCGCACCACACCCCACCAUUCAGUACCCUCUGUGCCAACCUCCCCCCAGCCACGGGACGCUGCCACCCCAUCUCCCAGGGUCCCCAAGGCCCGAUCGUACAUGAGCCCCACCACUAGCUCCAUGGCAAAGAUGUCCCGUUCUGUGUCCUUGGGUGACAGCCUAAAUCUAGGAGAACUCGGUGAGGCCCCCUCAAGCCCACCCUCCAGCACUGAGCCGAGCUCCUCAAACUUCGCUAAGGGUGCCUCUCCGGACAAGAACAAGCCAGCCACUUUAUCCACAGCUAUGUCUCCAACAGCUGCUAUCUCCCCCUCAGUCUCCACGGCUCCCCGAGCUCAAGUUAUGCCUUCCCUCAGCUCCCCAGGCGCUCACUGUCCCAAAGGUCUUCAAAGCAAGCUUAGCUAUGGCCUCCGACCCCACCUGACUCUGGAGAUCCCCAAAUCCCUUCCCGACAAGCCAUCUGUAGCGGCGUUCUCCCCAACAAACAAGUCCUCCAAAGCCUCCAAGGAUGGUCAUACCCCCAGCACCCCAGCAAUUGCGUUUACCGGCAAGACAGGCCCCCACCCACAGGUGCAGGCGCAGACCCCCUUGGGGAGCCCCCAGCUGGUCACCAGCCUCUCUGCCAUCCAGCCCAAGGAUGUCACAGAGAGGCUGGAAGCUGAUAAGCACACCCUUGUGGAGCCACACCCCAAUCUAAGCCACACUGAGCAGGUAAAGCCUACAGAUGAGGAGGCAGGAUCUCUCCUAUUUGGGACCCCCAUGGUGGAGCGAUGCUCAGGACCAGCCCCCGUGAGCCCACUGGAGUCCCGCACCCCGGAUCCAGGUUUGCCGCAGCGGCUCCCCCACUCCUUCAUGCCCCCUCUGCUUGAUUGCCUGGGCCUGCCUAAGAGCUGCUUCACCUCCUGGCCUACCUCCUCUGCCAUGCAAUCUUCACCCCGUCCGUCCAUUAACCGCCGCCCCCUACUGGACCCCAUCCUGAACAUGGACACCUGUCGCCUGGUGGCCGGCGAGCUACAGAGGAGUGUGAGGGCAGCUGCUCAGCUCUUCAAGAUGGUGAGCAGUGCCAAGAUGGAGCCUGAUCCGGAACAGCAGGCGAUGGCUCAACUCCUGACUGAAGCUUUUGGGUCAGUGCGAGCAGAACUGGAUUUGCUGCCGCCAUGCCCACCUACGGAAGGCCCGGAGGGUGCUGGCACGAGCAUGCUGGAUAACCAGCCAAGCGGGCAAGGUGAGGAGAGGACCCUGGCUCUGCUGGAGCAGUACUCGGAGCUCCUGCUGAAGGCCGUGGAGAGGAGGCUGGACAGCAGGGUCUGACUACUCUCUCCAGCCCACUGUUCCCAGUUAAGUCCUGGACAGCCACUGGACCAGUCAAACCGCAACUCCACUAAUCAUUCCAGACAGGAUCUUAAGCCAUGGUACAUGGACAUCACUGCACCAAUUGACUAACAUUCAAUUCAGUAUUUUUUUUUUUAAUGAACAGAAGUACUUUGUUUCUGUGAUUACAAUCUAGACACCAUGUGUCUCAGUGUUCCCAGGCUGGGCAGGCCUGUCGCCAUUGACCGAGUGGUGUGAAUGAACAGUUUAUUGCUGGGGUCCCCUAGCACAGUAUAGGACAGCAGAUGGAUGCUGGGACAUUUUGAGGAUAUCAACUUUGUCUAUGGUGGCUGUCCUGCUAAAGAGCAACACUACUGACUGCCUGUCGCAUACAGCUUCGCUCAUGGUGGCACACGGAUCUCAUUAACUUCUACCACUUGAAUGCCAUAUACUGUCGUGUUUUGAACCCCACUUCUCCAGUUUUUCGAAGAUGACACUUACAAAUCCAAAAUCGAUUAGUUACAUCCAAUUUACUGACUGAGUGGCAUGUUUGUAGACUUGCUGCAUCUUGUUACAACUUGACACCUGGGGAGGAAUGGACUGACACAACUCCUUUUAGCUUUGAAGAGGAAGAACCGGAACGUUCUGUAGCGUGAUGGAGCCUGGAACGGGGCUCAUUAUGAAGACACAUCAGGCGGGAUUGCAAUCAGGAUCUCCUGCGUUCUUAAUCCAUUGAAAUGUGAAUUAUCUGUGAUUGGCCAGCAGCAGAAGCUGGCUGGGUUACUAAGGCGAGACCUCAAUGUCAGGGGCAAUAAGUGUAAUAUGGGGAGGAUUGCCCCACUGCAAGGUGGACAUUGGCUUCUCUUCAGGUGAACAUAGUUCACAGAGUAAAUGUACCGUAUUUUUAAUGCUUAUAGGAAGUGGGAUUAUGUAUUUAUUGAGGACAGACAGUGUGAGGAAUUGUGCAAUGUUUUUUGCAAAAAAUUGUGGAGGUUCUUUUUUAUACUGUACAAUGUUUUAAUAUGGUUUAUGCCGGAGCUAUGGUCAGUGUCACCAGUGGGGCGAAAACGAAAAGUCAAAGGUCAUUAGAGAGAAAAACCGCCAAACCUCUGAAAAAGCAUUUGUCUGCUAGCCCACGUCAUUUUAUACUUUUUUAUAUUUAAAACCGAUGAUCGCAAUUUAGACAGGGCUAUCUCAAGGACAAAACGUGCCUUUGCUUUAAAGUUACCAGCAGUCAAUUUUCUAAAGUCCAUUUUUGCUUACCUGAUGGAUCCAAGAAUUUAUGGAAACGGUGAAGUGAAAAUUGACAUCAGAACAAUUCUGAUUUGUAUGUUACCCAUGGAAUUUAGCAUGUAAGUGAAGCAGGGCUUGAUUGCGCUGUAAAUCCCUGAGGUGACAGACUUUUAGCUGGUGGCACUGACAUGAAACCACAUUAGUGGGGUUCACACGUGAUGGCAGAGUAUCGACUGCUGCUGGAGAUGUCAAUGUGAAGCAUUUGUUUAAUCAUUUAUCGUAAAACUUCAAACCUUCUCUGGUCUAGGUAACAAAUCGGAAUCUGUCAAUCAGUGUGUAGUUCUCACUGUCUCGGUUUCUUCACAGCUCGUUUGGCUGAUGUUUUGAUCUGGCAUAUUUCUUAUGUUUUUGCUAUGACAAUGUAAAGCACUUAUAUUCUCAGACAUAGGUUUAGCAGACUACCGUACCUCGGGGACCUUGCAUACCGACAGGGUCUGGGUUUGCACUGCCCACUCCUCUACCUGACUGGCCAGUGCGUGGGUCUCGUCCUUGCUGCCAUGGCAAUGGCGGCAUUGUGCCACCAGACUGGCACUGCCCAACACUCCUGUGCCUGUCUUGGCUGCUAAGACCCUAACAAUGGCCUGCGCUGUUCAGCCGCUCCUGGCCAGCAAGCCCCUCCACCCUCACAGCCCUGUCGAUUGUGACCAUAUUCAGUGGGCUGGCAUCAGCACUCUGUAAGCUGUUUUUAUACUCGGGCAUUUUUUGGGGUUGUUCAACUCAACCUGAAUACCCUGCACCACAGUCCCCAUAUCUGAGUGAUGAGCUGAGUGAGAAAUUUACCUACAGUGGAUGUGACUGUCUCCCUGAUAAUAAGCUGCAUAAGUGUAACUUUUAAUUAAAAGGAAUUUAAACUCUGUCCCUUUUAUAAGGUGUGCCCAGAGAUUUGCUGGCACUGUUAUGUCUUAUUGAGGAUUUAAAGGUUUGCCUACUCCAGAAUGCAUGGAUUAGAUGCCCUACAUUCUUCCAAAGUAAUUAAUGCACUCCCUUUGAAUUAAGAUUUUUAUUAUAUUAGGUUUUUAAAUAGCAAAUUACUGGCUCAGCACUGACCUGACCAUGUUUGUCCACAAGAUGGCAGAAUUUUAAAUUACAGAACAAGAAAGACCAAAUACACUGGGAGCCAUACAGUGAUGUUGGAUUGUUUUACACUAUAGUGAUGUUAGCCUGUAGGAUCUUCCUUAAUACUUGGUGCAUGGAUGUAUGCAUGGGGGUUGGGGGGCGGGGGGUGGAUGUCCCCAGAAAACUGCAUGGUUGUACAUUUGGGUCCUGUAAUUUAGCCAAACGCCUGCAUUUUGGCAGUCCCCCUCUGCUUUGAUCUAUGCUUUUUACUACGACAUGUUUAUCUCGAUGACUUCAUGCUCUUCAGGAGGAGAUGCAUUUUUUUUAUUUAACAAGUCUCUAAAAACCUUUUUUUUUUUUUUGCACUGACUUCAGCUGAUAUGUUCUGAAUGUUUUUACCCUCAGUGUUUCUAUUGUGAACCCUUUGAUUAAAUUUUAAGAUGAAGUUGAAUAAAACCAUAUUUAUUACACUUA